AUGUCGCUCUACCAUGAGGCGGCAGCUGCCCUGAUGGCCCCGGCGGCCGACGGCGGAAAUCUGAAGACGCGCAUUUUCGGGCCCCGCAGCGGUCCUGACCCCCGGAAGGCAGCUGAGAAAGGGCGAUCGUCUUUGGCCUCAACAGCCACUUCUGCCUCCGGCGCGACCAAGCCCGCCGCGAAAGCACCGCCCGCACAGGUCUAUGCGCUCGCGAUUGAGACGACCAAGUGGAGCGCCGUGCUGAGCGAAAUCGUCGAUGCAGCCGGCCUGCUGGUCCUCGAGCGUCGCCGGCUGCCGUCACCGGUGAUGGCCCUCUUGCUGGUGCACGAUCUGCUGCUGUCACGGUCUGGCGUGCGGCUGCCGGCCGAGCACGGCCUUCACGCAGCCGUGGCGCGCCACAAGGCCCGGCUGACCGCUGAGCUGACACGCGCCCGCCUGCGUCGCCACGCCGCCUCGCUCGACGAUCUGCGCCGCCAGGUCGAGCAGGUCGCUGCACGCGCAUCCCGCACCCACGCUGGCGCUCCGGCCACGCGCUGGAUCCGCAUCAACACGCUCAAGACCACGCUCGCCGUCCAGCUGGCCACCACGUUUGCCGAUUACCGCCGUGUGGCCAGCCUGCCGGAGCUGUGGGAAGAUGACGACAGCACCUCGAACACGACGUCGGACAACAACGCCCGCAUCUUUAUCGACGACAACGUGCCCGAUCUCGUCGCCGUGCCCGUGUCGACGUCCUCGGCUGCCUCGCCCACCGUCGACCCCACCCGCUCCGAUGCCUACCGCUCUGGCGCCAUCAUCUUCCAGGACAAGGCCUCCUGCUUCCCGGCCUAUCUACUCGACCCGGCUUCUGUCUUUGACGACGACCAGGAUGUCGACCUCGUCGACGCCUGUGCUGCGCCUGGCAACAAGACCAGCCACCUGGCUGCCCUCACACGGCCGCUGCUGCUAGAACGACCGCGGCCCUGCAUCUUUGCCUUUGAAAAAGACCCUCGCCGCGCAAAGACGUUGCAGUCGAUGCUGCAGACUGCCGGAGCCCUCGAUCUGACCACCAUCGGCGCCGCCCAGGACUUCUUGCAGGUCGAUCCCGCCGCCGCUCUCUACCGCAAUGUCCGCGCACUGCUGCUCGACCCCAGCUGCUCCGGCAGUGGCAUUGUUGGUCGCGAUACCAUGCCUGUCCUCCACUUGCCCAAGGGCGGGACCGAGAAGACGGCCGGACAACAGCUAAAGACAAACAAGAAACGGAAACGGCCUGCCGGCCGACAGCCAGACGACAAGACGGCGAAGCACGACUUCGCCAAGACUGCAGACACCAUCGUUGCUGCUGCUGAAAAUGCGGUCACCGAGUCCGAAACAGAAUCGGCCCGCCUCACUGCCCUGGCCGCAUUCCAGCUCACACUGCUGCUGCACGCCUUCCGCUUCCCGGCCGCCCGUCGCAUCACUUAUUCCACCUGCUCUGUCCACGCCCAGGAGAACGAGCAGGUUGUCGUGCGCGCCCUGACUUCCGCCUCCGCCCGUUUCGGUUGGCGUCUGCUGCGCCGGGACGAGCAGGUCGCUGGCAUGCGUGCCUGGCCGGUGCGUGGAGACCCUGCUGCCGCCCAGAACGUUGACGGCGUUGACGACAGCACAAUCAAUUCCGUCGCCGUGGCCGACGCCUGUAUUCGGUCAUACCCAGACGACAUCGAACGCGGUAUCAUGGGCUUCUUUGUCGCUGCCUUUGUCCGGGACGAUGAAGCGGCUGCUGUGGCUGCUACAAACGACAGCGACAGCGACUGGAGCGGCUUCGACGACUGA